CUCUCGCUGUACUCUCGUUCUCAUCGCCCAUCGCCCAUCGCCCAUCAUGACUGAACCCAUCACCUACUUCAGGGCUGAUUCCCCUACGGCCUUCACCAAGAUGCCUUUCUCGUGGCCCUCCCUCCCCAAUCCCAUCCCUCGCCGCUACCGACGUCGUCUCCGCUCCAAGUUUCGCUCCUCCCAGUCGCCCGCCUCGUCCAUCACUGACAUCGAGACCUCUUUCAACCCCGCCGACACCAUCCGCGCCCUCCGCACACACCGGUGGUCCGUCUACGAUGCCCAGUACCUCUUCCUGAUCAUGAUCGGCAUCUUCUCGCUCUCCAUCAGCCAGGCUCCCGGGCCCUUGAUGAAGACCGGCGCCGCCUCCUUGAUGAUGCUCGCGCUGCUCAUGCCCGUGACGAGGCAGUUCUUCCUGCCCUUCCUGCCCAUCCUGACUUGGCUGGUCUUCUUCUUCAAUGCUCGCUUCAUCCCUGCCGAGUACAGGCCUCACAUCUGGGUCAAGGUCCUCCCGGCCCUCGAGAACAUCUUUUACGGAGCCAACCUGAGCAAUAUCCUCUCCGCACACCAACACGUGGUGCUCGAUGUGUUGGCGUGGUUACCAUACGGGAUUCUGCAUUUCGGGGGCCCGGCCGUGUGGGCGGCCGUGAUGUUCCUCUUCGGGGCCCCGGGUACCGUCCCCGUGUUUGCGCGGACCUUUGGAUACCUGAACAUCAUCGGGGUCAUGAUCCAGCUGAUCUUCCCGUGCUCUCCUCCGUGGUACGAGAACAUGUACGGCCUCGCGCCAGCCAACUACUCCAUGCAGGGGUCUCCCGCGGGAUUGGCACGCAUUGAUAAACUUUUCGGCAUUGAUCUGUACACUACCAACUUUACCGCCUCCCCGUUAGUGUUUGGGGCCUUCCCAUCACUCCAUUCUGGGAAUGCCGUCUUGGAGGCCCUCUUCAUGAGCCAUUGCUUCCCCAAACUAAAGCCCUUCGUAAUUACCUACGCGAUGUGGAUGUGGUGGGCAACGAUGUACCUGUCUCACCACUACGCUGUUGAUCUCGUCGGGGGCGGACUCAUGGCCGCCAUUGCAUUUUACAUUGCAAAGACGAACUUCCUGCCCCGGGUGCAGAUGGACAAGGUGUUCCGUUGGGAUUACGACUAUGUUGAGAUUGGCGAUGCCCCCAGUGGCGGCUACGAAUAUGGACUCACGACCCUCGAUACCGAUUUCCGGAACGACAGCAGCGACGAGUGGACUGUUGGAUCUUCCUCCUCCAUCUCCUCGGGAUCACGAACCCCGGUCGAUGAAGCCCAGUCUUCGUGGGAAGGAGAGACUCUGGCAUCAUCCCAGGGAUCCGACACGGAACUCGCCGAGGUCGUUGUUCGGUGAUCCGAGGGAUUCCUUGGUCAACAUCCUGACAUGCAUCCACCUGGCUCGACGACCCCCGUCGAGAUCAAUCAUGAGUUUACGGCUUCAUCAUGUCACGGCGUUUAGCAUAUGAGCGAACUGCAUUUAAUUUGCUCCCCAAUCUGCGACCUCUGCUGCUCUGGAUGCUUCUCCUGUAUAUAUAAUCCGCCCACCCUCAUCCAGAUGCAGAGGAUCGCACCGGGAACCCUUUCCAUACAUUUUUAAUGACGCCUAAUCUGGGCCUGAUCAUCACACUCUCCGAUCUCCAGCGACGACCGGGGGAAAUGGACGAUCCAAGGCUCUUUUGAUUCUUAUCUUCGCUUCAACCUCUCCACGUC